AUGGCGGAGGCACCGACGAGCCCGGCAGGCGGGAGCCAUGAAAGCGGCGGCGAGCAGAGCCCUCAGGGAGGCGGCGGUGGCGGCGGCAGCGGCGUGCGCGAGCAGGACAGGUAUCUGCCCAUCGCCAACAUCAGUCGCAUCAUGAAGAAGGCUUUGCCGCAAAACGGCAAGAUCGCCAAGGACGCCAAGGACACCGUCCAGGAAUGCGUCUCCGAAUUCAUCAGCUUCGUCACCAGCGAGGCCAGCGACAAGUGCCAAAAGGAGAAGCGUAAGACCAUCAACGGUGAUGAUUUGUUGUGGGCGAUGGCCACGUUAGGGUUUGAGGACUAUAUUGAGCCCCUCAGGAUUUACUUGGCUAGGUACAGGGAGUUGGAGGGUGAUGCGAAGGGAUCUGCUAGGGGCGGAGAUGGAUCUGCUAAAGGGAAUGCUGUUGGAGCCAUGCCUGGCCCAAGUUCACAGCAGUUUGUUCAUCAGGGAUCAUUGAACUAUGUCAAUCCUCAAAAUGCAAUCCCAACCAACAAGAUUGCACAAUGGGCAUAUUUACCCUAUGUUGCUUUAAGAUGGCAUGAUUUAUUUGACGUUUUAGUGCUCAUGGGAAACAUUAUAAAUAAUUAUUGA